AUGGCUUCUUUUGCGCGCCCGUCGCUGCUCCGACAGACUCUUGCGACCACCCGGUCGCCCCUCCUGCGCCAGAAUGUCGGUGUCUCGCAGGUCGUCGCCUUCCACGCCUCUGCCCGCAAGCAGAUCCUGCCCCCGUUGCCUCAGUCGAUCGAAGGAACCAUGAACGACCCGGUUCCCGUUCCCAGCCCUCACCCCAUGGAGGGUAGCUAUCACUGGACUUUCGAGAGAGCUGUCUGCGUCGGCCUGAUCCCCCUCAGCAUUGCUCCUUUCGCCGCCGGCUCCCUCAACCCCGUCAUGGAUGCCAUCCUCUGCUCCCUCCUGGUUGCUCACUCCCACAUUGGUUUCCAGGCCGCCAUCAUCGAUUACUUCCGCCCCCAGCGUGUGCCCAAGUUCAACUCCGUGUGCAACUGGCUCCUCCGCGCCUUCACCCUGACCACCGCGGUCGGUCUGUACGAGUUUGAGACGAACGACGUUGGUGUUACCGAGGCUCUGCGCCGGAUCUGGAACGCAUAG